UUAUAAAUAAAUUAAUCUUUGAUAAUAAGUAUCAUAAACAUUGUUAAAUAUUUUACGUCAUUUUACAAUGUACCUAAAUAGUGUACACGAUAGUAUACAAACAGUGUACGUGUUUAUUGCAUUGAAUUGUCGUUAAUACAAAAGUUGCAUCACUUACAGAUGCAGACUUUAGAAAUGAUGGUAGACGACGUUGUGAAUACAGACCAAUGGAAAUUGAAACCAAAUUAAUGCCACAAACUCAUGGAUCAGCAAGAUUGCACAUAGGAAACACAGAUAUACUCGUUGGUAUUAAAGUAGAACUUGACAUACCUUAUGCUGAUACACCAAAUGAAGGGAAAUUAGAAUUUUUUGUUGACUGUUCUGCCACUGCAACUCCAGCAUUUGAAGGUAAAGGUGGUGAUGAUUUAGCAACUGAAAUAAGUAAUACUUUAACAGUUGCUUAUCAAACGCGUAAUGCUUUUGAUUUAAGAACAUUAUGUAUUUUACCCAACAAAAAAUGUUGGAAAAUAUAUGUUGAUGUAUUGAUUCUUCAGUGUGGUGGCAAUCUUUUUGAUGCAGUAGGAAUUGCAGUUAAAGCUGCAUUAAAUAGUACUGAAAUACCAAAAAUUACAGCUGCAGCUCUUGAUGGUGGAGAACCAGAUAUUGAGUUAUCAGAUGAUUCUUAUGACUGCAUUCAAUUAGACACAAGCAAUUAUCCAAUCAUUGUAACAUUGUGUAAAAUUGGUGAUAAUUAUAUUGUGGAUCCAACUUCAGAAGAAGAAGUCUGUAGUGCAAGUAGUAUAGCCGUGUCUACAUUACCAAAUGGUAAAAUUUCAUCAAUCAUUAAAUUGGGUUAUGGAAGCAUUCAACCUAAUACUUUGAACAAAAUGUUACAAAUGGGUAAAGAUAUAGGAUUGCAAUUAAAUAAAGGUCUUAUGAAAGCAUUGAAAGAAGAAAAUCAACUUGGACGACAAAGACAGAUAUUAGGAUUUCUUAAAUGA